UUCACACUAAGCCUUGUUGUGAUCGGUUCUGAAUAUGCUUCUCAAUCAUGGAAUAUGCAAAUUAUAACAGUUGACCAUAGAUUUUUGGCAGUGGAGUUUUGGUGAGGCAUGGCGGUCGUUCUCACUUGCUUAUUUCUCUCCUGUGUGAGCAAUGUUUGGGGAACUCAAGCGCCACAAGCGAAUAUUUAUUUGGAUAACAUAACGCGCAUAUUGGAUAGAUUACUAGAUGGAUAUGACAACAGGCUACGACCUGGAUUUGGAGGUCCAGUCACAGAGGUCAAAACAGACAUCUUUGUCACCAGCUUUGGUCCUGUCUCAGAUGUUGAGAUGGAGUACACGAUGGAUGUCUUUUUCCGUCAAACGUGGAUCGACGAGCGGCUGAAAUUCGAAGGCCCCAUUGAGAUCCUGCGGCUGAACAACCUCAUGGUCAGCAAGAUCUGGACGCCGGACACUUUCUUCCGGAAUGGCAAGCGUUCCAUCUCUCACAACAUGACCACUCCCAACAAGCUGUUUCGCAUCAUGCAGAAUGGAACCAUCCUCUACACCAUGAGACUGACCAUCAACGCAGAGUGUCCAAUGCGACUGAUGAAUUUCCCCAUGGAUGGUCACGCCUGCCCGCUGAAGUUUGGGAGCUAUGCUUACCCCAUGAGUGAGAUUGUCUACACAUGGAAGAAGGGUCCUCUGUUUUCUGUGGAGGUCCCCCAGGAGUCGUCGAGUUUACUGCAGUACGACCUGAUAGGUCAGACAGUGUCCAGCGAGAGGUUAAAAUCCAACACAGGUGAAUACGUUAUUAUGACGGUUCACUUCCACCUGCAAAGGAAGAUGGGCUUUUUCCUGAUCCAGACGUACAUCCCCUGUAUCAUGACUGUCAUCCUUGCCCAGGUCUCUUUUUGGAUCAAUAAGGAAUCGGUUCCUGCUCGAACUGUAUUCGGCAUAACCACAGUGCUGACCAUGACCACGCUGAGCAUCAGCGCCCGCCACUCUCUACCCAAAGUCUCCUACGCCACGGCCAUGGACUGGUUCAUCGCCGUGUGCUUCGCCUUCGUGUUCUCCGCCCUCAUCGAGUUUGCCGCCGUCAACUACUUCUCCACGCUGCAGGCCAACCGGGAGCUGCGCAAGGCGGCGGCCAUGAAAGCCGCCGCCCAGGAAGCGGCUGCCGGGGGGAGCGACGGGGACGUUACCUCGCUGGACCCGAGCAGCGUGCUGAAGAAGAGGAUGAACUCGGCCCCUCUGUUCGAGCGGCCGGCCAAGACGUUCCCCAACCCGCCGGUAAACGCCCAGGCCUUCCUCCAGCAAGGCUCGGCAGUGCCGGACAACAACGUCCUGACGGGCACCAGCAUCAUCGACAAGUACUCGCGCAUCCUCUUCCCCCUGUCGUUCGGGGCCUUCAACCUGGUCUACUGGAUCGUCUAUCUCACCAAGGAUACCAUGGAGCUCUCCAGUGUGUAAACCUACUGGAG